GAAAACGAGGAUUGAGAAUUUGGGACUGGGAAAUGGGAAUAUAAAAAAGGGAGCAUUUAAAAUCUGAAGCCUAAGAGUGAAAAAAUGGCUUAUCGAAAACUCCCAAAACAGGUACCGAAAUCCGCCGCCGUUCACAACCCAACUCCGCCGUCUGUUCUUCAGCUAUCGGUCCUCGACACUACCGUCGGCGCUCUGCCUCCGGCCACGCAAACGCAGCUUACCCGCCUCGUGAAGACCCAUUUAAAGCCUUCAUUCACGCCCAAAGAUCUCCUCUCCUUCAUCAGGAAGCACAUCCACUAUCACCCCACCCUCACCCACCUCGACUUCCACCUCUUCCGCCACGCCGCCUCCGUCGACUCCUUCCGCCACGACCACUCAACUUUCGAGUGGAUGGCCCGGACGCUCGCCGUCUCGCACCGCCUCGACUCGCUCUCAUCCCUCCUCCAAUUCAUCGCCGCCAAUCCCUGCCCCUGCGCCGACGGUAUCUUCUCUUGCCCUAGAACUGAACCAAUUUUCCGUUUUGCUAUCAACGCUUACUGCAGAUCCGGUAAAUUCGACGAUGCACUGCUUGCAUUUGAUACUAUGAAGCGCUUGAUCGAUGGAAAGCCUGAGGUAGCUCUGUAUAAUAUUAUGAUUCAUGGAUUUCUUAAAUUUAGGCAUUACGAUAGGGCUCUUGAGUUUUAUAAUAGAAUGAUUAAGGAUCGAAUCAAGCCUGAUCUCAUUACUUUCAAUACCUUGAUUAGUGGCCAUUGUAGAAAUUCACAGUUAGGGUUAGCAUUGCAGAUGUUCAAGGAGAUGAAAAACUAUGGUUGUGUACCAAAUGUGGUUAGCUUUAACACUUUGAUUAAGAGGUUUCUUUGGGAAGGGAAGAUUGAGGAGGGGAUUGGGAUGGCUUAUGAGAUGAUUGAAUUAGGGCAUGAAAUGUCAAGUGUGAGUUGUGAGAUUUUGGUUGAUGGGCUUUGUAGAAAGGGGAUGAUCAACAAAGCUUGCGAUUUGUUGGUCGAUUUUUCGAGGAAAGGAGUAAUGCCAAGCGGGUUCGAUUACUUUGCUGUAGUUGAGAGGCUGUGUGAUGAAGGUAAUGUUGGGAGAGCAAUGGAGUUGGUUAAUGAGCUAUGGAGGAAGGGAAACACUCCGAGUCUAAUUGCUUGUAUAACCUUGAUUGAAGGGUUGAGAAAGGCGAGACAGAUUGAAGAAGCGUCUAAGCUUGUAGGAGAUAUGCUACGCGAAUGUAUAGUUCCUGAUGGCGUGACGUUUAAUUGUCUGCUCAGUGAUAUGUGUAAUGCUGGGAAAACAGUGGAAGCGAAUAAGUUGAGGAUGUUGGGUUGUAGUAAGGGAUUGCGGCCUGAUGCCAUGACAUAUAGUAUUUUGAUAUCUGGGUUUACCCGGGAGGGUAAAAGGAAAGAGGGGGAAAUUGUAGUGGAUGAGAUGUUGGAUAAUGGGUUUAUACCGGAUAUUUUUACUUAUAACAGGUUCAUGAACGAACUCGCAAAAGCAAAAUGUUGAUGCAGCAAAAAGCCCGGUCUUGAUUUGGUACAAAACCAUUUCCAUCUCCUCUGAUUUUGUAUGCAUCAUUUGUGAUCCUUUGCUUCUGCUUUUAUAUGCAUCAUUUCGGUCUUGAUUUGGUACAAAACCGUUUCCUUUGCAUCUGAUUUUGUAUGUGUCAUUAUGUGAUCCUUAUCUCGAUUACAUGCUAAAUACAUAAACACGAAGAGUUAAAGGCCAAGAAUUAGAAAAACGUUGUUUUGAUGUGGUUGACUUGAAAGAAGGCACUGGAAUGUAAAGGCUCCAAGCUUAUAACAUUAUUUUUCUGCUCGAAUUGUGAAGAUCACUGAUCAAAAUUGUCUUCACAAACUAAAUUAUAGAGUGGCAUUUUCCUUUGUGUAUUAUGGCUAGCAAAAUCUAUCUUCUUCUUCUUCUCAGGUAACAUUUGCAGCUUCUAAGUGCACAGGUCACAUGAUGAUACUAUGAAAAGAACUUUUAUUGGACAAGGAAUCGUAUGAGCAAGAUUAUGGUCCCAGAUAUGGGAGCAAAGGUUCCAUGUCCAUGACGCUGUUCUCUGGGGAUUCUGAGUAGAUACAUGGUUCGAAUUUUCAUUGCGAGUUGUCUUAUCAGUCUCCAUGUUUUCAUCCCUGCAUGUACACUCAGUGCACAAAAGGUCUUUAUCUUCUUUGAUCAAUUAAAGUCUCCUAAUGACCCUAAGGUGAACAAUCGGAUUCGGAUUCCUACACUGCUAUUUGAACAAGACUUUGGGGUUGUUUGGU